AAAACAACGUGGCGGCUAGAAUGAGCGUGUUUUUCAAAGUGGAGGCUGGCAUGACCGCAGUCAUCCACUUCCUUUUAGUUCAUCUCGACUUGGUGUACGUCAGUCUGAAUCCAGCACAGAAAAAAGAGAAAUCUUCUAAAAACACCCGAAGGAACAAGGUGCAAGAUGGGCUGUAAGGUGUUGUGUCCCAGUGUGUAUCUCCUUGCUUAUCUUAUGAUCUGUGACCAUGUCCAAGCGGAAUGUACACAGCCUUCUUUUGCAUCAAAAAAUGUCGUUUUAUCAGCAAACCAUCUCUUGACUCAAAAUUUCCCAAAUGGAUCCACUGUAACAUUUGAGUGUGUGAUUGGACACAAGCCAGUUGACCGAAAAGCAUCUAGAUCAGUUACCUGUGAGGGAAACCAGUGGACAAGUCUGGAACUCAGUUGCACAAGAAAAUCCUGUGGAAGUCUUGCAGAUUUCUUUGAUGGGAGAUAUGACAUGACUGGGAAUUUAUUUGGCGACACGGCUAAACCAGUUUGUAACCAAGGAUACAUGUUAGCGGGUAAGGAAACAACAAGAACAUGCCGAGAUCAGGGAUGGGAUGGCCGAGAUCCUCUCUGUGAACCGGUGAAAUGUUCAGCACCUCCAGCCAUAGAAAAUGGGCAACUUGUAGAUGAGUCUUUGGAAAGUUACGAUUAUUUAGAAGAAGUCUCCUAUAGAUGUAACAAAGGAAUUAAUCUUAUAGGAAAGUCAACACUUCGUUGUUCUGAGGAUGGAACCUUUAAACCAGAUCCACCAAAAUGUUCUGAUGGGUGUCCAACACUUAAAAUUCCUAAUGCAAAAAGAAUCGAUGGAAAAGCACCCCCCUACAAACUGGGUAACUUUAUAAAAUACAAAUGUGGAGAUGGCUAUAGACUGGAAGGAGAUGCUAUUAUUGAGUGUAGAGAAAAUGGAUGGAGCCCUGAACCACCACAAUGCAUUGCCCUACCUACACCUCCCACGACUACCACAACUCCCACAACUCCUGCGAUUUCCACAAUAUCCAAGCCUCCUAAAGGGAAUGGAAAAUCCUGUGGAAGUCUUGCAGAUUUCCUUCAUGGGAGAUAUGACAUGACUGGGAAUUUAUUUGGCGACACGGCUAAACCAGUUUGUGACAAAGGAUACAUGUUAGCGGGUAAGGAAACAACAAGAACAUGCCGAGAUCAGGGAUGGGAUGGCCGAGAUCCUCUCUGUGAACCCCUACCUACACCUCCCACGACUACCACAACUCCCACAACUCCCACAACUACCACGACUACCACAACUCCCACAACUACCACGACUACCACAACUCCCACGACUACCACAACUCCCACAACUGGAAAUGAACUGCUGGUUUCAUCUGGUCAGAGGAGAACUGGCCCCCUGACUGAGCCUGGUUCCCCCAAGGCUUUUUCUCCAUUCUGUCACUGAUGGAGUUUUGGCUCCUUGCCGCUGUCGCCUCUGGCUU